AUGACUAAACAAAAACUCCAACAAGAACUCUUAGAAGAAGUAAAAGAGGGAGUAAAACCUUCUGACCUAAAAAAAAAGUUAAAAAGAAGCAAAAGUUUAGGGGAUAUUCCCAAAGCACCUCCUUUACCUACCCAGCCCAAUAUUCAGCAAUUACAGCAAGAGAAUGAAAAGUUAAAAAAACAAGUAGAAAACUUAAAAGAAAAACCCAAUCCUCGUAUUGCCGAACUAGAAAAAGAAUUAGAACAGACUCACGAGUUAGAAAAAGGAGUAAAAGCACUAAAAAGUGAAAAAGAGUAUAAUAAAAAUGCUCGAGAAUUAAUUCAAGAAUAUAAGCAAGCAUUAGCAGACAAAGAAAAGAAGUCUAUUAAACAUUCCCAUUCCACUCAAACUGACCCUGACCCUGAAUUAGAAACCACUCUCGACAAUCUCCUCCAAUCCAUCCAAGACCUCAAUAACCAAAUUAAAUAA